GGUCGGUUUCCUAAUGUCGCUUGGCGAUGUCCCCCUAAAUGCUUGCGCUGCUCUGAAACUACAACCUACUUGCGUUGUAGUCAGAGAGCAUCUCUGCAGGGCACAAAUGCAAAACGUGUUGCUCAAUAAAAUCAUGAAAAUAGCGCGUAACGAACAGGUCACAUUUGUGAGUUUGGUUUCUCCAAACUUUAAAACAAGAUUGAUCUUUAGGCAGACCAACCAUUUAGAAAUACACACAAGUAACCAUUAUUUAGAUGGCAAUCUUUACGUCCAGGGCGAGUGACGGGGAGAUGUGGAAUACAUGUAAGAUAACUUUGGUCUUGAGGCACUUAUUUCAAGAUUCGGGGUUAUGUUCUGCUGCUUGAUCUUUAUGGAUCAGAGCCUGCUGAAACAUAAAAUGGGACCAGAUGCUAAGAAAUGCAGGGGAAGUCACCACCUCGGCUCGGUUGGAAUUAAUGUGAUUGAACAACCGAUCUUUUGCAAAUUGUGAGAUGUACAACUCAUGAGCAAAGUGGAUCUUUUGUUAUUUAAACAAAAUAUUUUGCUACUGGUAUUGCUUGAAUUUCUGAUCCCAUUUUGUAGCAACAGUAUCUCCACCACUGCCUCUCUUACUUCUGUAUUGUGUGGUAUGUAUAAUGGAAUGAAUUGGAACCAAUGGUCCUUUCAGUGUUUCUGAACUACAUAUUUUCAUUUUGCCCAUAAUAACAGAGGCUGGGAGUUAUAACUCUGUAGCAUCUGAAUGGGCACAGUUCCUUUACUCCCAAUUUAUUCUUUCCAUCAAGGGGGAAAAUGGGCUUUUUCAUAAUCUUCAUUUUAACCAAAUCAGUGGUGUACAUAAUGGGGAUAUAUAAUUAAAAAAUAUUAACUGCAUGAACUGUUACUCAUGCAGGUUUAUAUGGUACUAUUUAGCAAUACAGGAAUAUAUGAGAGAAUUAUAACCUAAACAAUUUAAACAAAGAUCAACCGACUAAUAUAUGUCUCAAUGUAAAUUGAGAGGAAGAGACAUUUUGAUGUAGAAGCUGUAAGUGGUAGUCCUGCCAGGAGGCUGUAAAUGCUAGUCACGCCUUAGGCAGAAACAUAGCUGUGUGACUGAGCCAGUCAUAGCCUCUCAACUUUAAGAAGCAAGCAGUAGCAAACCACUUUCAACAAGAAAUCUACAAGGGCUUCUCCAAGCAGUUGCCAGGAAUCAACAAUUACCUGAAGGCAGAAAUAAAAAAUAGAGAAGCUGAUUAAACAAUCAACUAGCUGCGCAGAGAGCAUUCCAGCACCUUCUCUUGAACAGAGAAGCAUUAAAGAGAAGCACUUCAUUAAUUCUUACAUGCUUUAUAUUUACAGUAACCAGUUUAGUUUAUGAUUUUUGCUGUUGCAAGGCUAUUCAUUGGUUAGUGUGGAAAAAAAAUCCACCCAGUUAUUUUGAUUUGAAUGAGGUAUCAUCUAUAGAUACAAUAUGAAGCUUAUCUAGACUGCAGUAAAGGCUGAGCAUCCAUUCUCUUCUGAGAAUUGUUCUGUUUUCUUUUCUGAACUUGGCCUGGCUGAAGAAGCAGAUGUCUAAAGCCAGUGGACAAUUAAGUGUUUCAGGAGUUCUUUAGUAGAACUCUCUCUCUAAUGAAUGAGCUAUGAAUGGCGGAACAAUUGGCACAACUGCUCAUUAAGGCAGCUCAACAUCAUCUUAGAACUGGCAAGAAGAAAGGAUUAUCAUCUUCAGCCUCCUUGAAUGUAGCUGGGGAGGUACUGGCAGUAGCAGUUGGUUUGAAACCAGCUUUUCUGUAUGAUUACAAUUCUGCUGGGACUUCUCAGAUCCUGGACUACGUUCAACAUCUUCAAACUACUCUUCAACUUACAUGUCGGUUGCAUAUUCUUAAUAUAGCUGAAAAUGUUCUAAUAAUCAACUUGGAACUGAUGUGUUUGUGUCUGGAAUCAGUCCUGCUUAAGAAUAAUGUCAUCUUCAUGGACAUUUCUGCUUUUAGACCAUGUCCUACCUUUUCUAACCCAGAAAAUGUGAACCUUAUAAAAAGCCAUCUGUCAGAGAUAUUGAAUCAUAUUAAAGCAUUAACAGAAGAUACAUCCCAGACAAUAUCUUCAAGUGAAAUCUUUUCGACUGAAUGGAAUCUCUGCACUCUGUUUGGUGUAUUGCUAGGGUAUCCAGCAUCCUAUAAUUUUCCUACUCAGAAGAGUUCUGAUAAUUGUCUUACACUAAUUCCACUGAGAGUAUUUACUGUUCAAGCCACAUUUUGUAUGGUAAACAGUGAUUUCAGAGUUCGGUUUUAUUCUUUUAGCAUCCCAGAACUCUUGUAUCCAGACAUGAAAACGAACCUCAGCGCAUGGUGUGAAAAACUCAAGGAUGCUUUUAAAGCUCAGAAAGAAUUUGCUGAUUUCUGCAUUGCAAGUGAGGUGGUUGCUCUAUCAGCAGUGGCCUUGUAAAUAUAAAUCUCAGACAGAUAACAGUGCAUCUCCACAGUAUUCUACUGUCUUAUUUAAAAGCUUCAGAAUGGGCAGUUUGGAAGCAUAGU